AUGGCCACUAACGAUGAUGCUCCACGAAAUCGCAAAGAACGACGAGCAGCAGCCCGUGAAUCUGGAAAGCCGAUGGCCGCUCCAACAAGCACUCCAAAGCUCAAGCUAUCUCAGCCGAAUCGAUCAGGACCGACUGAGAAAACAUUACUCGACCUUUACGAAGAAAAGAAGUCUCUCUUGACCAAAGGCCAACCCUUCGACGAAGGUGCAGACCAGACCGUUAUGGACGAAGGGGGCAACAUCCUCGAAGCAGGUCUAGGCGAUGGCGAGCCCAUCGGACCCAUAGGUCAAGCGAUUUUCUGGACCUUCACCUUAGGAAUGAUGCAUUUUACAUUUGAUGUCCUGGUGCAUAACCAAUACAAGCAGGAAAUGGAAUGGACACCCAUCUUCCAACGCACGGCAACGAUCAUACCAGUGCUGUUCUUGAUGGUCUACCUCCUACGAUCAGAGCUAGCGGCAAGGUUCGACACGGCUAAGCAAUUAUUCUAUCUUGUGGUAGCAGUGGCGAGUGGAUGUUAUACUAUUCAGGUUACAAACGAGUAUGACUACUUCUAUGUCAUGAAGCAGACGCCUCCGUUGGGGACGCUGUGGAUUUGGAGUGUGAUUGAAAUGAAGCUUGCGUAUGGAGCUGCGAGUGUGGCAUGCAAUCUGGCAUAUCUGUGGUGGAAGAAUUAUACCAUCUUUUGA